CAGUCCAGCACCUUACUGCAAGGCAAAGCCAAGAAACCAAGAACACGCCAUGGCGCCCGCGACAGCCAAGCUUCGCUCCCUCGGCUUCCUCCUCCUCGCGGCGGCCUCGUCGACACCGGCGGCGGCCACCACGCUGACGCUCCACAACCUCUGCCCGUACCCGGUGUGGCCGCUGGUGACCCCGAACACCGGCUUCCCGUCCAUCUCCGGCAACACGGGCCGCCUGGACGGCGGCGGGCGCGGCCUCGUCUCCUUCCGCUUCCCGCCAAGCUUCUGGGCGGGCCGCGUGGUGGCACGCACGGGCUGCGGCAGCGCCGGCUCCGCCGGUGCCGCGUGCGAGACGGGCUCCUCGCCGCCGGAGACGGUGGUGCACGCCGAGGGCCAGGACCUGGCGGCGUACAGCGUGAGCCUGGUCGACGGGUUCAACGUGCCGGCCGUAGUGAGCCCGCAGGCGGUGCCGGUGGGCGGCGGGCAGUGCCCCGCAGUCGGGUGCGAGGUGGACGUGAACGCCGGGUGCCCCCGCGCGCAGCGCGUGGUCGGGACCUGGGGGGACGUGGUGGCGUGCAGGGGCCCCGCAAGGUACUUCAAAAAGUGGUGCCCGCGGACGCUCACCACGCCCACCGACGUGGAUCCCGUGCCGCAGCGGUGCUUCGGGCCCGGCGAGCUCAAGAUCGUCUUCUGCCAGCCCGCCAUGGUGAACGCCGCCGCAGCCGCCGUCGCCGGCGAGGCCACCGAGCACAUCCGCACCGUCGUCGCUGACAACUAGAGCCUCUAUUAGCUACUGUGUCUGGGUAGCCAGCCAGCCGCCGGUGACCGGAGGAGGUGGCCGCCGGCCUCUGGUUAGUUCGCAAUGUUGGUAGCUUAAGGAGUUAUGAUUAAGCGUGUUUUAGUGUCUUGAGACCGUGUCAUUGUUCGUAUGUGGUACUAGUGACCACCGUUACGUUGGCUAGGUUGCCAAGUGUCCGGCCGGCCGUGCCGAGUGAAUAAAUGUGUUGAGCACACGCAUGCAUCAUGUACUAUGUUCUUGAGUUUGUGACAAGUGUCAAUGUGUCAUGUCU